GAGGGAGAGAGUUACCCUAUCUGAGCCGCACACAGGCUCUGCCAGUUCAUGUCCCGUUGGUCUACAUUGUAAAGGGAUGCUGAGAGGUAACGUGGAUAAAGUAACCUCGCAGGAUAUCUUUACAAGAAACAGUGAAUCGAAACUGGAUUUAUUCUUCUUCUAGCUACGCCGAAUGUUUCCAAAGUGAUAAAUGAGCUUAUCGAUUUGUGACAGUUAACCAAUGUCUCUUCCAAGCCUCAAUGUUGAAAACAGUUAUAGUUGUGGUUAACAACCAGUGUGAAAUGGUUGUAAAUGGUACUCGGAAAUUACAAUGUAUUAAGUGACUUAAGGCAAAAGAGAGUUUUGACUAUAUCAUAAUGUAUAGUGGUACCAUGUGAUUUCCCAGUGUUUGUUGUUUCUUGUUGUUCAGCGCAAGACCGUAAAACUCACGAGUGGAAUUCCGGUGAGACUGAAAACCAAAAAAAGCUAAUUGCAUUAUGGGAACAAAGAACAAGUACUCCAUAAAGUGUUAUUGAAAAAGAACAUCAUAAAAAAAGUUGUACGUUUGUGAAUGAAUUGAUAUGGUUGUAAUUGCUUUUCGUAUCAAGUCAGUUAGCCUAAGACAUAUCCGUGAAUGAGGAAAAUGAUCAGUAAUAAUAAUUUGAAUAGAAAUCAUUUGUGACUGCUUCUAAGUUUGGUGUCUCGCAAGGUAAUUGUCUUUCUCCCUGCCUAACUUUUGCCUUCUGCGCCCCCUCCUUCAUUUCUCGCCCACCUCGCUUUCCCCCGGCCUUGCAAGGGUCGAAGCCACAGUCCUGCAGAGUCCUCCGAGGGCCAGAGGGAAUCAAGGACAGUGACACGCCCCCCCCAGAAUAUGACGUCAUGUUACCUCUCCUCUUCGUGACCCGAAACACGGCAGCAGUGAUGAUGGUGAGUGUCUUCGAGAUGGUGGGGUCAUGAAUGAUAGUGAAGGUGAUCCCUGACAGUGAGGAGGAGGAGGGGGAGGAGGGGGGCACAUACCCCCACAGAAGCAGCAGAAGCAGCAGCAGCAGCAGCAGCGACGGCACAGGAGGCGGAGGCAGCCACCCUCUGAGGAAACGUGAGGAUGGGCAGUGGACUGUGGCCGGGAGUGUCACUCUCUACUGCACCCUUGGAGGAGGAGGAAGAGGCAACUUGAGGGAGGGGGAGGAGGAGGAGGAGGAGGAGGAGGUGGUUGCAGAAGCGCCCAGCAGCGGGGUGUUAUGGAGGAGGGCCGGGUAGGGGGCGCUAAGACACUGCCGCGAAACAAGGGCGCGACUCUGCCCGGAUAUCGAGUUGGCUCCGUACGGUAUGGCGUGCGACUGGCGCCCCCUGAUGCCCAGGGUUGCUCUCCUGCCCCUCUGAGGAGGUGUUCCGAAGGGGAUGCGGCCAACAGGGCGAAUCUUAACUGCGAUGGGAGGGGGAGGGGGAGGGAGGAGGAGGAGGAGGAGGAGGAAAGUUUGGAGUUGGGGGGAACCCAGAGAGCCUUGCUGUCUUUUGCAGAGGACGAGGAGAUUGCAGGAGACGCUGUUGACCCUAGUCAUAGUCCUUCAGCCCGCGGCGCCAACGUCGCUAGCGCAGCUGUCGCUUCUACAGCCGAAACGACGACUCUGACCACCACCACGACCGCAACGAACGCCCUUGGCAGCACUGUCGGCCACGGGUCGUCUCCUCUGGUGCUCAAAGAAGCGCACUCGUUGCUGAAUCACAAGAGGACCUUGCUCACGGUGCCCUCGCUCUCCCCUCACGCCUUACCGCCCGUGUCCCCUCGCCCACACUCACGCAGGCGAAGUUUCAACGCCCUGCCGAGGCCGUGGGUGGCUCCCCACGUCAACCACGGUGCCACUGCUCCUACUGCGGUUACUCCUCACACUCCUACUGGCGCCGAAGACGUCAGUGACAGAUGCAGGGAGGAAAGCUCUAAGAGGUGGUCACACACGACACCAAUAGAUGGCGCCAGCGGUGCCACCAACGCCAGUAGUAGCGCUUCUUCUUCUACCAGUCCCAAAAUAAACUCGAGCCUCUAUCGGGGCAAUGGCUCCUCCUCCUCCUCCUCCUCCUCCUCCUCCUCCUCCUCCUCCUCGCCCUCUCCCUCCUCGGGAGGAAAGGAACCGCGUCCUGCGUCUCUCCCUCCACCACCUGCAGACUCCCCUGGCGAUGUCGCCACCUUCAGGAGCGAAGCGACCAUUCUCGUCUCUCGAGGCGGAGGCGGAGGAGGGGACGAAGGGCAGAGGAAGAGGGACGUCCGCUCCCCCAUCAGUCGGAGGAGAGGCGUAGGUACUCUGAGUCUGGCCAAGAAUAUUUCCCACUUCAAUGAACAACGGGAGGAGGGCGUGGGAGGCGAAGAGGAGCAGGAGGAUGAUGAUGAUGAGGAGGAGGAGGAGGAGGAGGAGGACGAAAGUGUGGGUGGCAGGAGGAGGAGGAGGAGGAGGAGGAGGCAGGGGGCUGCGACGGGUGCUACUACUACUACUGCCGCCGCCGCUGCGGCUGCCGCCCCUGCGGGCGCCGCGCUCGUGGAGGAGGUGAAGGUGGGUUGCCUCCUGCCUCCCCCACCAGCCGCUAAAUAUACUACGUGUUGUGUGGCGGGACGCUCCCCCCGCCAGCUGCUGCCCCGCCAUGCCACUAUGUUUAGCUACCCGGGGCCGCCGCGCCCCACCAUACCCGAAGAGCCUGCCGACAGUGCGCACCUUGCCAGUGAUCAGUGCAGUGCUGUGUUCCCCAAGACACCCUCUCAUGCCCAUGGCACUACAGGACAAACUACAGUGCUUUCCGGCAGGUGUAGCGAGAGUGUAGCCUCGGGGGGCAGCGGUCGUAGGGACCGUCUGGCCCCCCCGGCCCCAGCAGUGACUACCACGACUACCAUUAGUAUCACGACUACCAAUAUCACUACUACUCCUUUCUCUUCUGUAACGAUAGCCGCCGCCGCCAUCGCUGCAUCUGCGUCCUCUGCUGCGGCGGCUGAUUCUCCUACUACGACUCUCAUAACGACUGCUACUACUGCUACUGCUACGGCGACCACGACCACUCCUUCUUCAGCAGCCACUGCGGGAGAGGAGAGAAAGCAGAGGAGACCAGUCAGACCCAAACCAGAAAUACCAGAUCACCUCUACCGCCGUUGGGCGGCUCUCCUCCCACAGCAGCCGCCUCUCCUCGGUGGUGCCGCCGUGGAUGUUCACCAACAGCCAAAACAAAAACAGGAGAACUUACGAAGCUCUGACACCAAGGGAGCCACUAGUGGGACCACCCCCCACCACCGCCUGUCAGAUGAAGGUCCUCUGACGGCGGCGUUUGAAUUUCACCCUCCCGCGAGCGGGACCCGAAGGUUCUCCUCUGAUCAGUUGGAUCUGCAGUCGGAUAUACUUCAAAACUUUGCCCAGUUGCGGCUGGGCAUUCCCACCGGCGACCUGGGGGGAGGAAGGAGAGAAGGGGGGCGUGGCCCCCCACCAUCACGGCCGCCCAGAUCUCGGCAGGACCACCUCGAAAAAUUACGGAAAUGCACCGAGAGGCUGAAGACCCCUUCGCCGGAUAAAAAGGCGCGAGGAGAUGGGCCUUCGACCCCCGAUACAGCAGCAGCAGCAGCAGCAGCAGCAGCAGGAGGGAGCGACAGUGUCCCUCCGAGGUCUCACAAGUCCAAGAAGCGAAGCUCUGAAACUCGAGCAGGAAUGAUGAAUCGACACCCCUCUUUAGGCAAGAGCCCCAGCCUCCCGACACAGUUACCUUCGAGCCAAAACCAGGACGAUGCUGUCAAAAGACUCUCCCCGCUUCCAGCCAAAGAAAAUAGCGAAACGCCUCCGCCGCCAAGUCACAGGAGAGAAGACGAGGACGUGUUCAACGAAACCAUAGCGAAACUGCCCCCCCUCCCCCGCCCCGAGACCCGUCUCGUCAUCCCCCCGCGAGUGAUUCCCUUCAGGUCGGCUUCCGUGUCCCAAGUGGACGUGAGGUCCGACGGUUCCUUCUGCGGACGAAGUAGCAAGUCGCCGAUAGCGACGCGCCUCUAUCCAUUUUGUAAGGAUUACUGGGGUUCCAACACCCUCCCUCGCUGUAAGCCUCCUACCGCUGCCACGGGGGAAGGGGAAAACGAGGGGAGUAGCAGUGCAUCCCAGAGAAGUCAUCAUCCUCCCCUCACAGCCGCUGCCUCCAUCAGUGACAUGACUAAUGUCGGGGCCAAAGGGGCCUCUUCUCCCCCAGAAAAGUUGGAGAACAAGUCCAAAUCGGAAAGCGAGCUCUCCCUCACCACGCACAACAACAACAACAACAACAACAACAACAGUAGUGGAAGUCCCAGAGUCGAUCUGUUGGAGCUGUGCGACAACAUUCUCCCGAAGAAGGUGGAAGCGAGUGGGUCUGCGAAGGAAGGAAGAGGCGACGACGGAUGUCAAGCUGUAGUAGCAGACGAGAAACACGCCCACUCAGAUAAAGACCAGAGUCAGUUAGAUAAAGUGAAUAAUGAAAGGAAUGCUAAGGAGUUGGAGAGCAGUCAAAGGGAGGGAGGAAAUGGGGAUGGAAACGGCAGAAAUGUUAGUGGAGUUGAACAGACGGUAAAUAUCGGCGUCGCUGUAACAGACCAGAGUGUAUCCCCCCACACCACAGCACCGACAGCUGCUGCUGCAACUGCAGAAAGCUCAAAACCAGAGAACGAACAGACAGAACAGACAUCCGCGGAAGGAGAGGCGCAGAGAGCCCUUCGUGACCCUGACAGUGAACUGAAAGAUGACCUCAGUGAUCAGAAUCAGAGUAGUGAAAUCGUCAGUCCUUCCGAAACAGUGCCAACGCCGAACGGUGAAGGAGCGAAUCGGAGUGAAAAGGAUCCUAGCGAGGUGCUUCGACCGACGACCAGUUCAGUCGAUGGAAAAUGCGAAAAGAGAGAGGCCGUGACUUUCUAUUUACCCGACGAGGAACACCAUCCCAAACGCGACGACUCGAGUGUGCUCGGAAACGGUGAUAGUAAGAGUAGAAUAGCAAAAGACACCGACGAGGAAAUACGCAGCAAGGAUGAGGUGGGCGGUACUCCCCCCGGAGGGGAAGUGGCGACCCUUGGAGGACAGGUGCCUUCAAGGGAAGGUCACCCCCGCCCCUCUCGUUUGUCUCAGGAGAGAUCAGUGUUCAUGGCGGAACUCUGUGCUGGUGAAAAUCAAAAGGACGUAGAGAAUAAUACCACUUUUUCUGUAGAGAGGAGGCAGAGCAAUUGUAGCAGCCCUUCGGUGGGCGGUGACCUCAGAGGAGAAAACGCUGCCGGUGCCGGGGUGCCAGAGGCCAGCUUGAGCCUAUGCCCGGACAGACGUCAAAUCGAGUGUCAGGUCUUGCAGAAGGAACCGAGAUUAUCUCAGUGUCUGGUCAUCAAAUCGGGGUCUGGGGGGGGCGGGGACCUGGACCCCCUGGGAGGACCUGGGGCGACCUCCGAGUGCCGCGUCGUCCGGUCUCGGCCGCGCCUUCCUCGUGAGGAUUCCGAUGAGGUCAGCGGCGAGAGGGACUCCUCCCAAGGGAGGUACAUGACGCAGAUGAGUGACGAAGGAAUCUUCGAGGAGGAUGUGAAGAGCCCCGAGCCGCGAGAUUCCUCGGAUUCUUCCUCCCAGGACAGCGUCGGUGUCGGUCUCACCCAGGACAGAAACGGCGAGGAAAUGUUGUCGUCGUCGUCAACCACGCGUGACCUCGGCGACGUCCCCGUCAGACAGGGCUCGAGACGACGCAGGAAGCUGACGGAGGAAGGAAACGAGCGGUCCCUCACGUUUCCACCCCCGCGGAAGAAUUCCCAGGCGGACUCCAUAGGUUACUCCUCGGUGGAUAGCAACGGCCUGCGUAGCUUAGCAACCUCGGGCGGUUACGGGGACCGCGGGAGCAGCGAGGAACAACGGAGCUCGUUCUCCCUUGCCGACAGUUACUUGAGCGAAACGAGCCACGCCCCCGAUGCCCACCAGCUCUUCAUCUCGGAAAGUCGCUCUGUGAUGGACAGAGCGGAGCGCAAGAAAAAACACCACAGCGACCCGAGUUGUGAGAGGAGGGGGAGCACUGACGCCCUUCUUUACCUGAGCGAGCCUCACCUGGACAGUCCGGCUGCCGAGGGCAACAAAGAGCGCACUUCAAGCAAGGGCGUGGUGUCUCAGGCCUCUACAGACUCCGAGGGACGCGACGACCGCUUAGAGCAACCGCCACUGGGCCCCCACAGAGUAUGCACUCCUCAGGUACUGCUGCUGGGGGGGCACGAAAGCGACGGCUCCGACUACCCUCCCUCUCGCACGCCCUUGCGAAACUCCUCGCCCAUCCCUUACUUCCCCGACAGCGAUUCGGGGGACAAGAGCGCCCCUCGGAGCCCCCACGGGCCGCGGCGUUACUCCAAGAGGCCUCUGAGGGGGCCUUAUGGGGAGAUGCUGGAGGCCGAGAUGAGCAAAUCGAAGACGAGCUCCCCUUACCUCUACGAAGACUCCUACCUGAGGGUCAGGGACGCGAAGAGCUGCUCUCCCAGGCCGCCCUCGCCCGUCUCCCCGUCGGUGCUGAUCGAGGGGAGCGACAGGCCGCCCCCUCUGUCGGGGCCGCGUUCUCUGGACGACUCGGCCCUGAGGAUCAAUUACGCCAACACCCCCGACAGACAGAGCCGCCGAAAGAUCAGCGGGGACGCGGACCACGGGGCGACGUCCCCAGUGGGGCCUGCUUGGGAGAGUGACGGGGAAGGGACGCUGUCCCCACUCUCGAUGGGACCCAUGCACCAUCGGACGGUCUCCUCCCCCUCCAAGCUCUUCAGCGAAGGAGGAUUUACCUCGGAGGAGGAACAGGAGCUGGUCGAUUACUACGCCGAGAGGCUGCUGGCGAAGCCCAUCCAGCAACAGCACCGACAGCUACAGCAGCAGCAUCAGCAGCAGCAGCAGCAGCAGCAGCAACAACAACCCCAGCAACCUCCACCUCCUGCUCAGCAAGGUGGAGGAGGAGGAGGAGGAGGAGGAGGGGGAGAGACUGGGGGCGUUCCGGAAAUCAGACAGCCGUCCUCGUCGCACGAGCAUCGGCAUUCACACAAGAGGCACAGGGAUACGAGAGCGCACGUUGUCGGAGAGCUGUAUGACACCGAAAGGAAUUACGUCAACAACUUGAACUUCCUGCUAACACGGUACCAGCAGACGCUCAAGAGCCCAGAGUACAGUGCCAUUAUAGAUGCCAGCCUAGUCGACGACAUUUUCUUUCAGGUGCCCGAAAUCCAUGGUCACCACGAGCGCUUCAUGGAGGAGAUGCGACAGAGGCUGGAAUCCAGGGACGCCAGCAUUUGUGUAGGAGACAUCUUCCUCCAGAUGGUCAACGACCCCGGAGUCGUCGAGAGCUACACAGCCUUCACCAACAACUGGAAAACAGCGCAAGAGGCAGCGAAGGCAGCAGCUCAAGCAAAACCAGCCUUCAAGCACUUCCUUGUGGCGAGAGCAAGGGAACAUCCUGGUAAACUUGACCUCAAGGCACUCCUUAUCAAACCUGUGCAGCGGGUACCACAAUAUGAGUUAUUACUUAAGCGCCUGCUAAAACAUACAAGCCGAGACCAUCCAGACCACAAUCUCUUAACAGAAGCUAUUGGAGUUGUGCAGCAAAUAGCAGCUCGAAUAAAUGCUGUUGAACAGGAAGCUUUACAGCAUGAACGACAGCAGCUUCUCCUUAAGGAGUUAGAGAACAUAAUUGAAGGCCUUGAAGAAUUAGUACAACCAGAUAGGACGUUCCUAAGGCAUGAUCUUGUGACAAUGCACUUCGGGUUGGGUACACGAAAAGAGCGUUGUCUCUUUCUCUUUUCUGAUCUUCUUGUCAUCACAGCUAUCAAGAGAAGAUCAGGUACUAUACGGAAAGGAUCAAAUCUACCGUUUACUGUAUUAAGUUCCUUAGAAUCCAACAAAUUCAAACUCUUCAAAUUCAUUCCACUUGAUGACUUGGACAUUGCUCGAUCUCGUGAUGAAAGUAUGAAAAAGCUUGUCCGGGAAGUAGAAACUCUAGAUGAAGAUCGCCAGACACUCCAACACAUAAGUAAACUGACUAAAAGUCUACAUUGUCCAAAGGGACCUUUGGAAGAAGUCCUCACUGAGAUGAUUUCUACAAACCAAAAGCAGUUAGAAGAGCGACAGGGUGCUGAUUCUCGACUGAUGGAACUGGAGCUCACUAUUACUACACAAGAAGGGAUGGAAAAUCUUACUUUCAUGUUUAGCAGUGCAGAUAAACGAGCUUUGUGGGAAGAGGCAUUUAAUGAUGCUAAACAAAAGUUAGCUAUGUCUGCAGAUCGAAGACCUCCUCCAGAGUUUGUUUCAGCAUUACCUAUAAGAAAGACAAGAGCGGGACUUCAGUUUACUUGUGCCACAGCUACUCUUGGUCUCAAUGCCCAUAAUCUGAAAGAUGUCUGGGUUUGUAAUAGUGAUGGAUAUGUAGGACAAGUGUGUGUUUUGAGCUUGCAACCAGACCCAACUGUAGCCUGUUGCAACGGGGUUUGCAAUGCUAGAAUUCUCUCUAUUGCAUCCAUUCCAGCUGCUCCGCAACUAGAUUCAAGUGAUGAUGAUGAAGACGAAGAUAUCCCCAUGGAGGAAGACAUAAGAAAACGUCGCAGCGAGUCACUUCCACCAGAAAUGGGGAGUGAUGAUUCAGAGAAUCAACAACCCACUAUGUGGCUGGGCACAGAGGAUGGUUUCAUUCAUGUUUACAAUUGCUCAGAUACCAUUAGAAUUAAGAAAAAUAAAUUCAAGUUUCAACCUGGAUCUCCAGUUCAUUGUAUUAUACACUUAGACAACAGAGUAUUUGCAUCUUUAGCUAAUGGGGAUAUCAUAGUAUAUAGAAGAGAUAUCUCUGGUGGGUGGAAUGUAGCAGACAGGCAAGUUGUAAGCAUCAGUACAGCAGCAGCACCAGUUACAAGAAUGAUGGCUGUAGCCGGCAAGUUAUGGUGUGCUGCAAUGAAUACUAUCAGAGUCUUAAACACUUCUCUUCUACAAGUAGAGCAUUCGUUUGUGGUGGGAGGAGAAAAUGGAAGGGGAGUUUCAUGCAUGGUGUCUGCAGGACAUGGUGUAUGGAUCUCAGUACACAAUUCAGCUGCAGUCAGACUGUACCAUGCUGUAACAUAUGAAUGUCUGUGUGAAGUAAACGUUGCACCAGCUGUCACCAAAAUGCUUGCAGGUUGUGAUGACAUCAUUAGACAACACAAGGCUGCAUGUCUAAGAGUGACUUCUCUCCUUGCGUGUAAGGAUCUCUUGUGGGUGGGAACAAGUGCAGGAGUUAUCAUCACAGUACCACUGCCCCAUCUUGCUCAUAAUACGCACCGUGUUCAGGCACCUUUGAAUAUGGUUGGCAUACCACAUGGUCACACAGGUCAUGUUAGGUUUCUAACAAGUGUAGAGUUGACACCUGAAUCUCGACCAUCCCGAUUGAAGAGUCAUUCACGAUAUUCUUUUAAGGGCAAGGAUCAUCCUCAUCAUCCACCAGGAACAGCAGCACCUUCUAAGUUAUUAGUCAUAUCUGGUGGCGAUGGUUAUGAAGACUUCCGUAGCUCUGGAAUGUCAGAGUUAGCUGGGCGUGAUGACUCGACGAAUCACUUGCUUCUUUGGCAAGUCUGAGUGCCACCUCAUUGGAAAAAUACUAAAGGUUUACCCAGGAAUAAACUUCUUUAACAUCAUCUAUACUUCUAUGAGAGACUUCCCCAGUACCACUUUGAAAGGUGUUUACUGGAUGCUCUUGAUGUGACAAUCUGCAUUACAGAUUGUGUCCCAUAAUGCAGGCAUGAUCAUCUUCCUGACACUCAAGUAUGUCAGCUUCCAGAAAUACCUGUACAGGCAAGAUGAUCUUCCUGAAAUGUAACUAUUUCAGCCUUUACACAAAAUCUAUGUGGAAAUAUACUGCAGUGGACCUUCCUCCUGAUACCGAGUCUGACGUAACUAAGAAGUUUAUGUACAUUUUAAUAUUCUGCCAAAAACAUUGUAGAUAACAUAUCUAAUUAUAGUCAUAUAUUUUCCCGAUACGUGUACUGUUAUUGCAGUGAUACUAAUUGGCAGAGUUAGGUCAGUUAAUAGAAUAUAAAGUCUAAUAAGUGUGCUUAUAAGUCUUAUUCCGUACCUGCAUUCUGCCGCAUUGUCGUUGAACCUUAAAAUAUUUCUAAAACUCCUCAAAUGCCAGUACGUACUACAGCAUAGCUGCAGAAGUAAGCAGUGUCAGUAACAAAGUGAAGCCUUCAUACACUGUGCAAGACUAAACUAAAUAUACAGUGCAUUUUAAGGUGUGUUAAAAUCGUCAUCAUGAAGUCACAUGGGAAUAUGAUCUACCUAACAAAGAUGAAAUGGAUCUGACAAUAUACAGUAGUUUUAACAAAUCUCCAGAUCCUAACCAGCAAUUAUCUAGUUAUCCGUAGUUUACAUUAGUGUAAUAGUAUUUUAGAUGAAGGUCUUUUUCAUGCAAUGCAAAUUAGUCAAUUGGUAUUUUGCAUUAAUUUUAUGAUGUCAUUUCAUCAUUUUCAAUGUAGCACUGAUCAUUUUCCUGUUUUACUUUUUUUAAGAUAGUAAGAAAAAUAAAAGCAAACUGCCACUGUAUUAUUAACCAUGAUUAUGCCUGCCUUAGUAAAUGACAGACUUGUGAUAUGACACACGUGUGCUUAGUGAUAUUAUUCUCAAUUUUCUUCUUUCCAACAACGAAGUGCUUGCCUCGGCUGAAGAGAUUCUCUGAGCUGUAGUUUUGUUACACGUGAUAUUUAAGCACCAAACUCUGCGGUGGUCACUAUAGGGAUGGAAAGGAAGUGAAAAUGCUUUGGACAGUUCCAUCAAACAAAAUUACCUGAAAAAAUGUGAAAAGUUUAAAAUGAAAGUUUAAAAGGUUGACUUACUUUGUGCAAUCAUUGGAUUUUGAAAAGAAAAUGAAUAUUCCAUUAAAACUAAAAAGAUGGCCACUUAUAAAAUUUCAAUAUUAUAUUGCAGUCUAUCCUUCUGCCAAAUAAUUAGGCCAUUCCAUGCUAAUGAAAUCAUAUCCAGAUCAACUGCUAGAUUUCUUAGCAUCUGUUUAUUAGACAAGGUCUCUUUUAACCUUUUGUUAUAAAAGAUGAGUGAAUUUUAAAACUUAAAACAUUUGUGUUUAUUUAAUUAAUGAAUAGAGUUCAUAUAAAGGUAACUGGAAAGAUAUAGAAAAUUAAAUCUAUAGCUUGGUGAUGCCUAAAUCUUUGUGCAUUGGAACAGACUACUUUUAGAUUGAAUUAUUUAAAUGUAUAGAAUUUAACUAGUCAUACUUCAAGGAAAUAGUGAUUUUGUUGUGUUGGAAAUCUUUAAGCAGGAAACUAAUGUGAGUGAAUAGUUCAUCACUGAAAAUGGCAUCAAUGUUUGAAUGGUUAAAGAUUCCAACAUGAGAGAGUACACUUACCUUUGGUCAUCAUGGCAAGUAGGCAUUUCUAUAGUAUCAGUUUUCUUUUGCCAUGAUUUAACUACCUUAAGAAUAUUCUUUGGUUACUUUACAGGAUUUUAGCUGAAAUGAAGCUGAAAAGUAAGUAAAUUUAGUUAUACAUAUAUGAUUAAGCAAAUUUGUUACUCAGAAAAAGGAUUUUGACAGCAACAGGAAAUUUAAUUUGGAGCACUUAGCUUUUAUCCCCCAUUUCAAAGUAUAGGUUGUAAAAGUAGCAAAAUUUCUGUGACAAGAUCAGCAAAUUUGCAUUAUGUAUAAAAGUGUUUUGUGGCCCAGUGUUUCAGUCCCUGUUUAUAAAUAGGUUGCCAGGGGAGUAACUUGGAUUAGGAUGAAAAAGCAAACCAUGCUGUUGCCUAAAUAGUACAUGGAACCAAAGUUAGAUUAUGCAUCAUCCUAUUAUUUUGUAGUAUGUUACUGUGUCAGGCCUGAACUGAUGCAGCAGAGGGCAUUUAAUACCAUAGCACAUUGCAUUUACUUAAAACCAAAAAGCACAUUCAAGAACUUUGUCAUACCUGUGAUGUCUGCAGUAAUAAAAGUAUAUGCUAAAUAUUUAAUGAAAGCACUUUAUAAGUACACAAUUUCUGUAUGUUGUUUAUACUUCUUAAAAAGCUAAGCUUAUAUUUUGACAAAUUCAUAGUGCUUAAAUAUUCAACAGCAUUAUUUCAUGGAAAAUAAAUGUACAAAUGAGUAAGUAGCUCAUUAAUACAAAGCAGUUGAAUUUAUUAGGAAAAUUAAUUAGGAAUAAUUAUUUGUAGUUGAUUAAAUCUAUAUUAAGGUGGUAUUCAUCAGUUUUGCACAUUUAAUUUAUAUUUUGUUCAAAUUACAACUUUCAUAUUUAAGUGAAUCAAUUUACUCUUUCCUGCCUACUCGCCAUGAUGCAUAUUUAUGUUAUAUAUUUUUAUCAAUGGGAGCAUUUGCCAAAUGAAAUUGUUUGAGAACCGUGCAGGAAUAAUCCUGUGCUUAUGCCGCAUAUUUGUUAUAAUGAAAUUAUGUGAAAUUUUAUUUUCUUAGUGAUAUUUUCAAUUAUUAAUACAAAUGUAAACCAGUACGUAUCAUCACUUCUGAUUUUGUCAGCAAUUAGAGACUGUAGCACAUAGAAAAUAUUUUCUUUUGCUUUAAAAACUUGAAUGUUGCUUUAAAGAGAGAUUCCAGUGAGAGAAGAUUCAGUCUAAGUGAUGCAGUCACUGGUUGCAUGUCACACACUACUUGCACAACAUUCACCCAUUUAUUAUUUUUUUUCAUAGAUUUUAUUAUCUCUCAUAGAGAUUACUGUUAAUAGGUGGAUGUAUGAUUGUAUGCAUUAGUAUGAGGAAUGUGUGGAAGUGUGAACUGUAUAACUUUAGUUUCGAUCUUCAGUAAUUAGGAUUCAUGUUAUCACCCAUGUGGCUAUGAUGCCAAUCAUUACUAGCACUGCAUUACAAUUAUGUGACAAGAAUCUACAUAAUACAGGCUCAGUUAAACUCAUGUAUGUUAAGAGAUUUCACUAAAGAAUUUCAUUAUUUAGCACAUACGGAGUGCACUCAUUAGUCUGUUAUGAGAAUGAUCUAUACUACUGUACGGGUGGAGCAUUUUGUGGAAUUCUCUGUACCGGCAGCUCUUGCUAAUUGCAUUAUUACUUACUGAACCCUAGGGAGGGUGUAUGCAGUGCAAGUUGUUGUGAUAUACUUCAGAGCGCUUCUGGGAAAUGAUACUAUGAGAAUUCUGCAAGCCUUUAUCAGAAAGAAAUGUAGUUUCAGUUAAUUCUUACAGUUAAUCUUCCAUAGUGUCAUUUGCCAGUAACCCAAAGAAUUAUAACCUAUUGGAGCUGCCACAAGUCUCUUUUCCUUUGAAUCAACAGUGCUAUUCCUGGUGGGCAUAUCCUACUGUGACCAUACCCCCAGCACCUUAUCUUAUCUUCUGCUGUAUUUAUGAGUUGACCAAACUACUGAAAUAUUAAUAAAUUUUAGUAAAAAACAA